UGGAUCUCUCCGUAUACGACCUCGCUAGUCGCGGAUAAUCGACUCCUCCGGACCUCCGGCCCCCGAUCCCCAUUUCAUUUACCCCCUACUUAGGCCAACUGGGGGCCAACUAUAUUAAGUAACAUCUUCAGUGCAGAAUGGCAGUCGAUGAGACAUCGCGUCUUGUAUCGGAUACCGAAAACGGCGAGGCAGCACCCCUGAUCGAUGAUGAGUCGGAGAUCCCUGCCGGCCAGGAUGAGCCUGAUCAGGUACCGAAAAGCAGUUGGGAGCUGUUUAUAUUGACUCUCACUAUGGGAGGUCUUCAAGUAGUCUGGUCUAUCCAGCAUUCCAGUGGAUCCCCAUAUCUUCUAUCUCUGGGAAUGAGCAAGGCAUUAGUUGCGUUUGUCUGGGUUGCUGGUCCUCUUACCGGAACCCUCGUACAACCCUACAUUGGUAUCCGCAGUGAUAACUGCCGCAGCCGCUGGGGUAAACGAAGGCCUUUUAUGGUCUUUGGCGGGACCGUGACCGUGAUAAGCCUCUUGGCGCUGGCGUGGAUACGAGAGAUAGUUGGAGCUUUGCUAGGGAUAUUUGGCGUCGAUGCUCAGUCUGACAAGGUGCAAGUGGCUGCAAUCGCCGCGGCGAUGAUCUUGAUGUACUGUCUUGACUUUGCGAUGAACACAAUUCAGGCGGCAACCCGUGCUUUGAUUGUCGACAUUGCCCCUACGUAUCAGCAAAAAACGGCAAAUGCCUGGGCAAGUCGUGUUAUUGGAGCAGGAAAUAUCUUGGGCUGUAUCCUUGGUUUCAUGGAUCUGCCAACGAUUCUCCCUAUCUUGGGAAGCACACAGUUUCAAGUGCUAUGCGUACUUACGAGUUUAUCACUAUUGGUUACGCUACUGAUAACCUGUAUUUACACCCCGGAACAAGUCCAUCAUAAGGCACAACCAGCAGCAAAUGCUCUAACCCCCAUGUCGCUCAUCCGGUUAAUUCACCAGUCUGUCAAUAGAUUAUCGUCGCAGACAAGGAGAGUUUUUGCAAUCCAGUUUGCGUCCUGGUUCGGAUGGUUCCUGUUCCUAUUUUACGCGACGACCUAUAUAGGUCAGUUGUACGUUAAUCCGAUCUUCGAUGAACAUCACGAUCUAUCCGAUGACGAGAUCGAUAAAAUGUGGGUGGAUGCCACACGGAUCGGUACCUUUGCCCUCUUUAUAAACGCGAUCGUCUCGUUCGCAGCGAGUAUCAUCCUGCCGCUUUUGAUUCCUUCUGACAAGGAUACUGAAACAAGUGCUGAUUCGGAUUCCGGACCAUCGUGGCGUAUACCAUACUUUGGCGUGCGCGUUGGAACGGGUCUAACUCUCCGACGUCUCUGGCUUCUAUCACACAUCCUCUUCGCAGCCUGCAUGCUCAGCACAUUCUUCAUAUCCACCACCACAGCCGCAUCGAUAAUGGCAGGAAUCAUCGGCAUCCCAUGGGCAAUCACCUCAUGGGCACCCUGGGCAUUCAUCGCGGGAGAAAUAGGGCAACAAGAUGCCGACCAAAGCACCUCUAACUCCGGCCGCCACGACGAAGAGUCGACUGAAGGUGGCGAUGCCGGGAUAGCAGGACAAGCUGGUAUUGUCCUGGGUCUACAUAAUGUGUUUAUUUCGCUUCCGCAGUUUGUCUCUAGUCUCUUUAGUGGUGCUGUUUUUAAAGUGUUGCAGAAACCUAGGGGAGAACCUUGGGAUGAGAGCGUGGCGUGGGUUAUGCGAUUUGGGGGGUGUGUGACGUUGGUAGCGGGUUAUUUGACCGUGGCGCUUAGGGAACAACAGGCGAAGGUAUAGUGUUUUUUGAAGUCCUUGUACUUGAUAGAAUUGGAUUACUAGACUAUGGUUGAACUAGAUCUUCUUUUGUUGUUGGAAGGCGGGAGAUUUUCAUACUUCCACUUAGUUACCGAAUCGGUCAUAAUGUCAUCGGAGGGUGCCCUCAAACUUUUUACAGAAAACGGCCCAAUCAACAAUUUUUCUUCGAAGGCGCACUUAUUCCGACCUCAUAUAUACCACGAAAUCCGUAUCUUAAAUAAUUAAACACACAUCAAUCAACAUGCGACUCCCUACAAGCGCAUCCCGUACGAUCCGACAACUAUCAACCUCCUCCAGACCCCCAACAUCCGGCCUCAAGAUCAAUCCUGACCGGCUAUGGGAGACAAUACACGAGACAUG